UCCGAAAAUGAGAACAGAAGGCGGACAAGACAGGCUUACAGCGGCAUGAAAGUGUAGUCGUACUGAUCCAAUGUCACCGAUUUCACAUACUUCUCGCAGGUCUGGAUAGCUGCAGAUCAGUCUGUAGUGCAGCUCAAUCUCCAUUCAUUGCUGCAUGUUGCGUGGCGGAGUGGAGACUGAGCCGUAAUGGAGGUGCCCAACUACAUGUCCAGGCUGCUGUGCCAGCUGAACGAGCAGCGCAAGCGGGACUUCUUCUGCGACUGCAGCAUCAUCGUGGAAGGACAGGUCUUCAAGGCCCACAGGAAUAUCCUGUUUGCGGGUAGUGGCUACUUCCGGGCCCUGCUAGUGCACUACCUGCAGGACAGUGGCCAGCGCCACAGCACCGCCUCGCUCGACAUCGUCACCGCCAGCGCCUUCUCUCUCAUACUGGACUUCCUCUACUGCGGCCGGCUGGACCUGCGACGCGACAACGUCAUCGAGGUGAUGUCGGCCGCCAGCUACCUCCAGAUGACGGACGUGGUGAACUUCUGCAAGAACUACAUCCACACCUCUCUGGAGAUCUGCAACCGGGGGAGGGAGCAGCAGGAGGGGGGCAGGACGUCAGCGGCGGCCGAGAGGCCCGGCAUCAGCAUCAGCGCCGCCGCCGCGUCUCCAGACGCCUCUCAAGACGGACGACCCCCGGCGCCCCAGUCCAGCUCUGCUAGACCCUCCUCCUCGUCCAAUCACAAUCCAACGUCGAGCGCCGCUGCUGUGAUGUCACUCAGUGCCGCCUUGAGUAGCAGGAUGUCGGAGGAGAGCGAGGGUUCGGGUUCGAGAGGCGAGUUCCCGGCGGUGGCGGCGGGGUCAGUGCACCACCUGUCGGACCCCCGUCUGAAGGCGGACCCGGGCAGCUUCCCCUCCUCCUCCUCAUCGGGGGGCGGGCUGAUGUUCGGUCUCGUGCAACUCAAGGAAGAGUACGACCCGGACGAGGACGCGGACGCGGGCGAGUCACAUGAUCUCAAGGACCCCCUCGGCUUCUACAACAGAUCGGCCCUCUUUGACGGUCGUGGACUGGAGGCGAGCCUCCACAGUGGCGGUGCCAGUGCUGCCGCCGCCGCUGCUGCUGCUGCUGCCGCCGCCAAUGCUCUCGGCCCCGACUACGACGGCUAUCAGGGCAAACUGAUGCACUACUACAGCCAGAGCCUAGGGGGCGCUGCGGUGCCUUUGCUGCGUGGGGAGGAAGGCAUGGGGCAUCAGGGGAACGUGCUCAGUAUGGAGAUGAGUGCAGACUGGUUUGGAGACGACACAGGCGACGGCCUGGUGGUGUCGGUGAAGCUGCACAAGUGCCCGUACUGCCCCUACACGGCCAAGCAGAAGGGCAUCCUGAAGCGCCACAUCCGCUGCCACACGGGCGAGCGGCCGUACCCCUGCCACCUCUGCGGCAAACGCUUCACGCGCCAGGAGCACCUCCGCAGCCACGCCCACAGCGUUCAUCGGGCGAGCUGGCCAGUGGUGUGUCGCGGGUGUCGGCGCGUCUUCUCCGAGGGCGCGUCCCCCAGCCUGAAGCGCGGCGGCCUGUGCGAGGGCUGCACCGGCCUCCCCACCACCACCAGCCAACAGGACCCCGCCUCCACACACCCCGGCAGCCAAUCGGAGGGCUCGGACCGCAGCAACAACGCAGAGCCUGAUUGGCCGGUCUUUAUGGAGGAAGCGAACGAGGCGGACCAAGGGGGACCUUGAGAUGUCGUCAACACCCUCCAGGAAGUUACAACAAUUCUUUGCCAUCAGAGGAAGUACAGGACUACAAGUCAAGACUAGCCUGGGCGAAUAGCUGACUGUUGACUCCGUCAAUCAGUCUGGCAAAAGCCAUGAGGAAUCCGUCUCCGUGGAAGAUGGGAGAUGGUCUGAUCUUUCGCUAUCAUUUAAAUUAAUUGGAGUUCCAAACACAAAUCAAAACCCAUACCGUGUUUUAUUAGCAUGCCUGUUACGUUAUAGCGUUGCAAAAGCAUACAAAUAACAAAACGAAAGUGUGAAUAUAGUUACCUUAACCAAUCAGUAACGGAGCUAGCGGGUGAGUUCUAUGUCACCACUCAACUGUUUGCUGAUUGGCGAAACACUGAGAGAACCGAGCUCGAGGCUUUUGCCAGACGAUGUGCGGAGCCAAAAUCUUUGGGUGGAGUACAUGGAUGGCGUUGCCAGGCUAAGUCAAGACUACUUCCUCCAGGCCUGAUGUGUGGACUCUGAAUAGACUAAUGGCCCCCAAUGGGAACUAAG